UGGCGGACCUGGUGCUCGACCAGUUAGUCAUCUAUCAGUCAGCAAUCGCGGUAGCUUCAUUCGCGAUCUCGACUUGGCAACGGCGCAGUUUCCAUUUAACCUUUUAAUUUAAACUUAUUAAAAACGUCGAUCUGUGGUGGGCGGAAUGCCUCUAUCGUUUUUGUUUUCGUUAUAAUGUGACGCGAUGGAAGUUUCUCGAAACGCUUUGUGAGGUGGUGAACUCUCUCUCCUUUGCCAAAUGUGGCGAGUUUUUGGUGGGGGUUUAUUUGCUUGAAUACGAUUUCAAAAUUGUGCGUGGGAUGUCCCAGAAGUGGAUAAUGAAAUUUGAUGCCGAAUUCGCUUAAAAAAGGAUGGGCUUUCUAUAAAAAUCGAUAAUCGGUUUAUCGGAUCAUCAGAAGAUCUCUUGCAACAUCAUCUUUAGGAUUAGUUCUGCUUGGAAGCAAGAUUUCGGCGCAGUGUGUGAUUUUGAUCAUGUGCAACAAAAUGACGAUGCAGGUGUUAGCUUUACUUUUGAUCACGAAAUCGACCCUUUGUGCCAGUUUAGACAACUUAUACCUCCCUGCCAAUCAAAAAUCGUUUGCGAACAUUGAGGACCAACCGCAAUAUUCUUCUAAUCAAAUUAAACACAUUCCCGUUCUCAAAUUUGAUGCCGAUAACAACGGAGAAGGGUCUUAUAGAUACGCCUAUGAAACCGGGAACGAUAUCUCGGCUCAAGAAGAAGGAGACGCAAGAGGUGAUGGUACGAAAGCUCAUGGAUCCUACUCCUACGUGGCCCCCGGAGGUGAAAAAGUCUCCAUAACCUACACAGCCGACGAGAACGGUUUCCAAGCUCAGGGUUCUCACAUCCCCACCCCUCCACCGCUACCAGAAGCUAUCGCUAGAGCAUUACAGCAGAAUGCCGCUGAUGAAGCCAGAGGCAUUUUUGAUGACGGUCAAUACAGGGGUGAGGGAUUGGAGGAGGGAGAAUAUCGUUUUCAGGGUAACAGCAACGGUGGAGUUAGCGGCAGGAGUGGUAAUCCAGAUGUUAGCGCCGGCGGUGCCGCUAGUGGAUUUAGCGGAUAUAGAUAUUAGUAGAUAGUUUCUAUUUAUGUUCAGCUUCACUUUAUAUGUGUUGAGUUCAUUUCGUUCUUUGCUUUAUUUCUAAAUUGUUUUUAUAACUAUAUUAAUAGUUAAAUAGAGACAAAAUCAACAAGAUGAUCAAAGGGUUCAAUUGAAAAUAACAAUUUCAAGGGUAUUUAAGAUUAUUG